UUGGAACCGGAGCUUAGUCCAAGCGAAGCGACGGAGCUUUGCCACCAAAACGUAGUGAAUCAGCAAUGGUGAAAACCGUUGUCGGAGAAGAGGCUCAACUGAAAUUGGCUGAGGAUCGUCUCAGCCAAUCUGCACUUCCUGCUGAGGUGGGCCUAGCAAUAGGUAAGCUGAGUUCUACUUUGGACCGAGGAUUUGUGUUGGAUUUGAUUCCGACACCGCGAAAUGAUUCUAAUGAACCUGCUUGCGCCAUCAUCGAUACCUCCAAGGACGACAAGAGAAAGGGCUCCAAAUCUAAAUCUCAGGCCACUGAUUCUUCCUCACUGUUCAUCGAUAUGGAUUGGGUCGCUGAACACGCCCGCCAGGUGUCUAGAAUGCUUGUUGGCGGCAUAAAGGUUGUUGGCAUAUACAUUUGGGUUAGUGAGAAUGCAUUCAAGAAUUCAACCGGGGUGCUUUUCCAGACAGUGAGGGGAGUUGCUGAAGCGGCGUCUAGUUUGGAGACUGACUUCGAUGAAAGACUGCUUGUUCACAUUUGUUAUAGCCCGAGGAGAUGGAAUUGUCGAAGCUGUUCACUAUCUUCAAAUAUUACAUCAAGUAGUUUACCGCCUUGUGAUUUUAAAAUGGGGAAAGUCUUGAAUUCCCUUCAAACGUUUCGGUGUAUGUACAACUUCAACCUCAGAUUACCCAUAUUUCAUGAAAAUGCCUCAAAGUUUCACACAGUGAGUGAUGUCCUUCGUCAUGCUAUAUCUAUUCAUGCCAAAGAGCUUAAAGGUGCAGAAGCCUUGAUUGAUGGUAAAUUGGUUGAUGAUAAUAAGCACUGCUCAUCUGAUGGCGUGCAUGAAGUUGAACUGCUUCUACCAUUUAUGAGCAGUUCACCAGUUGAAGCAUGCAGCCAAAGAGAUGUUCUUGGUAUUCUUUACUUAAGUGGCUCAAUAUGUUCUUUUGCAUACCUGAAUUCAAAAGAGCCAAUUUCACAAGCCAUCACUGAUGUAAAGGGAGAUAUCAUUAUGAGUCUGCAAAGUAGAUUGGAUAUCAUCUGUGACGAGGCAGAGGGUGAUUCAGCUUCUAAUCUUGAUGAUAGCAGAGAAGCAAGUGAUGAGAUAUCAACUGAAAAGCCUGUUGCCAAACUAGUUUUGCAAUUAUUGAGGUCUGUGACUUAUAAUAUUGAUAUAUUUGACCCUUGGGCUUUGCCAGUUUGCAGUGGCUGGCAUGGAUCCUCUAUCUCGAAGGUGCUAAGAGAUCAUUGUGCAGAGUUAUUAUCUGCGAAAUCUCUGGCUGCUAACUCGACGAUUUUGGAGCCAGAAAAAGAAGCCUUAGCCCUCGUAAGUAAAUCUUUCUGGAACGUGGCUGUGCCGUUUGGUUUAGCUAUUCAACACUUGGAAAAGAAGGGCAGAGUUGAAGACACAGGAGAGCAUUCGAGUAAAUCUUCAAAGCCAGUUAACAUUAAUGUUUUGGCUGCUGGUCUUGUCCUUGUCCUUGCAAUUAUGCUUGGUUUUGCCCUCCUGGUUCUGAAUGGCUGACACAUCGAUAAACAUGGAAUAUCUCUCGAUUAAUUUCUAUACUUGUGAUGGGAGAAUAUGUUUGAAGGAUCCAAGCCAUAGACAUUUUCUCAAGUUAAGAGCCAGUUGAUGUUAUAUUUGUAUAUAUGGUGAUCCUUCAAAAUGAAAAUCUGUGCUGCGGGAAAAAUUAAAAACGAAACUAGAAUCGACAAAAUACAAAAGGGGAGGUCCGUAUUUGGAUUAAGCAA